AUGCACCGCGUCAAGAACGUGCAGUACAACGAGGAGGACCUGUACGACGACGAUGAGGUGGACGAAGGCCAGGGAGAAGAGCAGCUCACACAAGAAGACCGCGACAAUUUCGCAAACCUCACGCCAGUCGUGCGCGCAGAGCUGGAAGAGGCAGGUUUGCAGGCUUCGGACAGGGAGAUACAGGAUGCGUUGUGGAACUAUUACUGGGAUGUCGGAAAGAGUGUGAAUUAUCUCAAGAACAGCCGCACGCCCAGACCACAGCGGCAAGCCAGCAAGAAGGAUGCGAAGGCGAAGAGCAAGUUUGACCAGGCGGCGGAGAAGGCAGAAACUGGCUGUGCUGGCGAGGGUUGGGUGAGAAAGUUCUCAGCGGCGGAACGAAGAGACUUUGCGAUGCCACCUUUAUCGGCUGCCGAGUGGUUCCAAGGUGUUCCAUGGACCGGACUAUCUCCCAGCAUCAGGGGCAACCUUGUGCCAGCCGAACCUGUCAGGCCACGUCCGCGACUGCUCGGUGGCUCUUCCAAACUUGCCAAGCUCGCGGAAGAGCGGCGAAAGAGAAAUGCCGCUGCCGCGGCAUCACCGGAGGUCGAGGUUCCUGCUAGCAAUGGCGCCUUAAGCGCCCUUGACCGCCUUGCUAGUAUCAAGGAUGGGAAGGAGAACGACAAGCCCGCCGCCACGACGCAGGCGGAGCCACGAAAAUACCCGAUCAGGAAGAAACGCGAGCCAACGCCGCCUCCACGAGAGCCGACCCCGCCGCCAGCACCAGCAGAACCGCAAGAGGAGGCGCCUGACCUUCGAGCCUCACCGACGGCAUUUGGACGUACACUGUCAACAAGUCCGCGGCAACAUCCGACUUCGACUAUGCAUCUCAAGGACGUACUUGGCGCGAGCAGCCAGAGCGAUCCAUUCAAUGCACCUUCACCAGACGACGUAGUCAUGCGAGCACAACAGCACAGCAAGGCUGUAUCGAACACAUCAACCAAGCAGGCGUCCACAAAGGGCCUGGAGAGGCAGACCCAGGCGCUCAAUCUCGACGCCGAUGCAACCCCUCAGCAGGCGAAGGUCCGCUCGAAAGGGCUGGACGUACCGAGAUUAUGGGCGGAAGAGAAGUCAAAGCGAAAGCCGUCUGCUGCCUUCGUCGUGAUAGGUCAUGUCGAUCACGGCAAAAGUACGCUCAUGGGUCGGUUACUACUAGACACCGGCGCAGUCGCACAGAGGGAUAUUGACAAAUACCAGAAAGCGGCCACCGAACUCGGCAAGUCAUCCUUCGCGCUCGCAUGGGUGCUCGACACCGACCCACAAGAACGCGAGCGUGGCGUUACAGUCGACAUAGCGCAACAUCACUUCUCCACUGACACCGCGGACUUCACAAUCUUGGACGCGCCGGGACACAGAGAUUUCGUGCCGAACAUGAUUGGUGGCGCCGCAAUGGCAGAUAUGGCCGUGCUGGUUGUUGACGCGAAUCAGUUGGACUCGGGCAUGAAGGGUCAGACGAGGGAGCAUGUAUUACUGGCGAAAGCGGUAGGGCUGAAGAAGGUUGUGGUGGCGGUGAAUAAGAUGGAUGAUACGAAGCCGACUGCGUGGCGCGAAGCGGCGUUUGAGGCGGUGAGGGACGAAGUGCGAAGCUUUUUGACGACUUCAGGCUUUGGAGAGGAGGAUGUGCUGGUUGUGCCAUGCAGCGGACUUGGCGGGGAGAAUGUGGUCAAGGCGCCGUCGUCGAUGGGUGCCGCAGCUUGGGUGGCGAAGUGCAACCCGACCCUGCUGCAGGCACUCGAGCGAUCUAUCCCGUCCGAAACUGAGUCGAAGACCGUAACGCAACCUUUUCGGAUGCAGAUCGCGGACGUUUUCCGCGGCAGCAUACAGAACCCUCUUUCAGUCGCUGGACGUAUCGUAGCCGGCCACGUGCAGGUCGGCGACAGCAUCCUCGUCCAGCCCAGUGGCGAAACAGCCGCCAUUAGAGCCCUGGACGUCAUCGACGAGCCCAGGGACUUCGCUGUUGCAGGCCAGAUUGUGACACUCCAUCUGCAGGAUAUCGAAGCACAGCAUCUCCGCUCCGGCGACGUGGUUUGCGACCCAAAGCGUCCCGUACACCUGCGCAAGAGCUUCGAGGCUGUAGUCGAGGCGGUCGAUCCGCUACUUCCGCAAGCCGUGGACAUACAUAUCGGACGCCUGCACGCGCCAGGGCGGAUCGAGCGUCUAGUGGAGGUCAUGGGCAGUGAGACCGGGCGCAAGAAGCCACGAAUUGUGCGGCAGGGACAGAAAGCCAAGGUGAAGUUGACCUUUGAGGAUGCGGCCUCGAGCGGGUUUCCGCUUGUGGAUGGCGAAAAGGUCGUGCUCAGAGCAGCUGGAGCGACGGUGGGGUAUGGUGUGGUAGACGCCGCAUAG